AUGGGUAAGAAGAAGAGCGGCAAGAAGAACCAGGGCGGCAAGUCCAGGGGAAGGUCCCAAAAAAAGAAGAACAAUGCGAUGGCCAACGGGGCGGACACACCACUUUCACCAGCUUCUGUUAUUCCAACACAGGAUGAGCUCAACACUAACCAGAAACCAAUGCCCCCAACCCCUUUAACCAAGGAUGUUGCACCUCCCAAGAAGAAGAAAGAGGAGAUCCAAAGCGUGAAAAACAAGGAUGAGGGACAGCAGGCGUCAUCAACGCAGCCUAGUGAACCAGAGAUUGUAGUAGAAGUUGCUGCUCCAAAGCCGGUGCCUCCGGUUGAAGCAGAACCAAAAGCUGUACAAGAGCCACAGACGGGUGCGACAACUACGGAGACUCUCAAAUCUGAGCUUCCUGCCCAAGCAGAGCCUACGGCCCCCGCAAAGACUGCCGCAGCAGACGAACCACAAGAGGAGCUACAGCAACCAGCCACCAAACAAGAGGAACCACCAAAGGGGUUGAUUGUGAUGGCAGGUGGAGAUCUGAAUGCACCCAUGGCAGGCGAAGCCAACGAAAGCCAAGAGAUGUGCGACUGUUCCAAGUGCAUUAUUCUCUAG